AUGUUGCUCAGAUACUUGCCCCUAGGCGGCCUUUUGGCACUCUACCCCUCGUCGUCAAUCGCUCAGAACACCCCUUGUCAAACCACGACGGUCCAAGCAGCGGUACCGAGCAACACCAAUGUCGCCCUACGCUCGUACUCAUACUGCGGUGGAAGCCUCGACGUCUCUGUCUACAUUGCCAAUGUCAACUACAACAAGGUAGUCACUCUGUACUACAGCGAUAGUCAGGGUGUCUCGACUCCCUUGACAUCCGUCGCUCUCGGCUACAACUCUAGCAUUCCAGACACCAACUACGAAUUCUGGAGUGCAAACACGCCAGUCUACUUGGACGGGAUCACUCAAUUGUUGAACCUUACCUAUCAGGCAAAGGACAUCGGCCAGACUUAUGUACAACAACUGCAACUUACCGUCAAGGCCAGUGGAAGUGCCCCUCCUGCUCCUGCAGCUAUCCCAUCGCCUUAUGCAACUCCAAGCGGCUUCUCUGACGACAUCACUGCAUGGUUGGCACCCAAGAGCGGCUCGCAGGCCGAUUUCUCCAAGAAGCGCAUGUUCCUGAACAUCAAUCCUGACAUCGACGGCGCUGCCAAAGGUACCGUUGUCGCCGCUCGAUCCGGGCCAUCCUACGAUCAGAAACUCCCAGAUUACGAGUAUGACUGGGUCCGUGAUUCGUCGCUGACCAUGGAGGUGGUUGAAUUCCUCUAUGCUGCAUCCACCAACGACAAAUUUACUCGCAAGUACAAAGAUGCCAUGUUCCACUAUGCUGAGGGUAGGGCCGUUGAACAGACAGAUCCAUCGCUCACGUUUGCCGGUCUCGGAGAGCCCAAGUUCUACCUGAACAACACAGCGUUCACGGGUCCCUGGGGUCGUCCUCAGAAUGACGGUCCUGCAACCGCAGCAAUUACUCUUAUGGAGUUCGCGACUGAUUAUAUGAAGAAAGGAGGAAGCCUGUCAUCUGUGCGCGACCGCAUCUGGGACUCGAAGGCCAAUCCUGAGAAGGCACCAGUCCUCAAAGAUCUGUUGUUCGUAGCCAGCAACUGGAGCUCACCCAGCUUCGAUCUCUGGGAGGAGGAAGAGAGUACUCACUUCUACACGCGUCUUGUACAGCGUCGUGCUCUAGUUAUGGGCGCCAAGUUUGCAACCAUGCUAGGUGACUCGGCAACUAGCAACACUCUUUCCUCGGCUGCUACUCAACUCACUGCAUCGCUCGACCAAUUCUGGAGCCCCAACAGAAAGCUCAUUCUCUAUGAGUAUGGUCCAGUAUUGGCUGGCAAGAACUCAUUUAUUGAUAUCGCUGUCAUCCUCGGUGUUAUUCAUGGCUAUGCUGGUGACGGCGUGUACUCGUACACCAACGAGAGAGUCCUCGCCUCUGCUUUGAAAAUCUCGACUAGCUUCCUUGACGUUUAUCCUGUGGCCAAGACAACGAAGGACUCGAAUGGGCUUCCUCUUGCCAUUCCUAUAGGUCGCUACCCCGAAGACGUUUACAAUGGUGUAGGUACAUCAGCAAACGGAGGUAACCCAUGGUACUUGACAACUGCCACCAUGGCUCAAUAUCUCUACUCAGCUGCUUUGGAAUACCAGAAAAGUGGCAGCUUGACUGUCAGCAACGUCACUGCACCAUUCUUCGCUUACUACGCACCCAAGGCUGGUCUCAAAACCGGCAAGACCUACUCCUCCAACACUAAGGAAUUCGCUUCGGUCAUCGCCAGUCUACAGGGCUGGGGUGAUGCAUACAUUCGUCGUAUCAAGUAUCACACACCAGCCGGAGGUAACCUUGCGGAAGAGUUCAACCGCAACAACGGAAAUGCACAGGGAGCGGCAGACUUGACUUGGUCCUAUGCCGCCCUCCUGACUGCCGCGUUUGCUCGCGCCACACUUUCGGGUGAUGGAAGCUACGUUCAGAAAAUAGCAGCACUGGCAUACGAAUAG